AUGGGCAACAUGUAUCGAGGAUUUAAUAAGACAGAUAAGAUUCCAGCUGAUACCGUUUCAUCAUCAAUACCAACAAAAUACCAAAGAGUGGUGAUAACAAAUCAAGAAAAGAAGGGGUUUUCAUGUCAAGCUCAGAGAUUCCCUUCACGUGUCUGUUCGAAUGAAAAUCCAGGACCAGGCAGCUAUGGCUGUAUCUCCAACGCUGAAGUCAGGAGUCCUUCCUUCUCAAAGAAAGGCACAACAGGCUUCGUCGCAUCCAAGGCUGCCAGGGCUACCAGAAACCCACAGAGAGGCACCCCUGGACCAAAUGCAUACAAUCUGCAGAGCUGCCUCAUAAACAAGUAUGACUUCAACAUUGGAGUCUCCAGAGUGUUCAGGCUGCCCGUGGCUGUGCAGCUGGAUGGUCCGAAGCACAAUACUCCAGCGCCGAAUCAAUUUGAUGUCUGUUGUGGUGGUAGACAGAGAUUCUCCUCAGUGGUUGGUACAUCAGCUUUCCUGUCAAAAACUGGACGAGACUCUUUUUACCCAAACAAAAACGUGCCAUCACCAUGCCACUACGAAGUGAACGACAAUGUAAUCCAGCACGGGUCCAUGGCGGUUUUGUCCCCCUUCAAAUCAAAAACUCAGAGGAUCCCUGCUCCAGUGGACUACGGUGUACCGGGUCCAGGGGCCUACAGUCCGCAUCAGACCCCUGCACCGGUGAAGAGGACCAUCCUACCGAGGGGAUAUUAUUUGGCAAUAUCAGCGCCUCCUCUGAUGGUUCCUAAGGACCCUCCCUUGCCAGGCCCUGGGCAGUACGACAUAGGAAAUUAUAACAGGUCGUCUAAGCAUCCCAUUCCCACUGCUGCAUUUGCAUCCAGAACUGAAAGAAUACCCCGAAACGCACAGGCUGAUAUGAGGCCAGGGCCAGGUUUCUAUGAUCCACAGAUUUUGUCUAAGCGGUCCUUCUUUUACAAUGAAUCCAGGGUCUGGAUUCCUCUGUGA